AUAGCUGAUGCCAUUUAUUCAUCUCGUUAGCUAGCCUAGCCAGCUACUAGCCAACAGGCGGUAAACAACCACACCAACCCGUUUAGCUAAAUAACAUUCACGUUAUACAACGACGAAAUGGCUUUUAACAGCGAGUUAACUAAACAAUAUGUUUGAUCUCUUGGAUAGCUAGCCAAGGUUAACGAAUUCCAAUGUUGUUCGGUAACUUGCCUAUCUACGACUGCUAGCUGUUCGCUACAUUUACUUGCUAGCUAACGUUAGCUUUAAUACCAAAUAUGUAUUUAUGAAUAAACCAAGAUAGGCCACAGCCAUACGUUAAAAAUGGGAAGAAAUGAGUCAAAGUGGACAGAACAAUAAAGGAGUUGGGCAGAGUCAAGCAACUAUUAGUAAGUUCCUAUUGGCGCGUUCUAGCAUAUAUUUGCAUAUAUUUGCCUUAGGGAACGCCUACUCUGAAGUGCGCGUGUGCACUCCUCAGCAACGCAUUUGUUUAUUUUUUUACUUUCGCAAAGGGUAAAGUUUACAUACUGUUUGUAACAUUAUAGUUUUGGCAACAGAAAACUAUUGAGUUCAAAAGUUUCAAUUAAAAAAUGUGCAGAAUUUCGGCCAAAAUCCAUCUUGUUCCCUCUUCUAUCACUGCUGGCCACUAAGCUUCCUCUCACUACCAAAUUUGGUAGUAAGUGCAACCGCCAAGCGGACGCUUCACAUUAAUACAUCCGGUGUUUUAUCCUGUUCGUUGUUCUGUGUUAAUACUAGCUAGCUAACGUUAGCUAGAAAAGUACAUUUCCAUGGUCCGUAGUUAUGUUGUAGAUAUUUUGCCGUCUUUAGCUAGAUAACGUUAGCUAAAACAAUGCAUUUCCCAGUGGUGGAAAAAGUACUACAAUUGUCAUACUUGAGUAAAAGUGAAGAUACCUUAAUAGAAAUUGACUCAAGUAAAAGUGAAAUUUACCCAGUAAAUUACAAAUUGAGUAAAAUUCUAAAAGUAUUUGGUUUUACAUAUACUUAAGUAUCAAAAGUAAAAGUAUAAAUUAUUUCUAAUUCCUUAUAUUAAGCAAACCAGACGGCACAAUAAUAUUAUUUUUACAUUUACGGAUAGCCAAGGGCACACUAACACUCAGACAUAAUUUAGAAACAGCAUUUGUGUUUAGUGAGUCUACCAGAUCAUAGGCAGUAGGGAUAACCAGGGAUGUUCUCUUGAUAAGUGUGUGAAUUGGACCAUUUUCCUAUCCUACUAUUCAUUCAAAAUGUUAAGAGUACUUUUGGGUGUCAUGGAAAAUGUAUGGAGUAAAAAGUAGAAUACAAUUAUUUACGAAUGUAGUGAAGUUGCCUAGUUUAAUAAAGGUACCAAAAGUAAAAGUUGUCAAUAUAAAUAGUAAAGUACAGCUAUCCCCAAAAACAACUUGAGUAGUACUUGAAAUCAUUUUUACUUAAGUACAUUACACCACUGGCAUUUCCUUUUUUCUCGCUGUGAAAUGCCCCAUUUCAACAACACCAGCUAAGAAAUUGUAGCCUCUUAAGACCAAUUGACUGUCCCUCUUCUGUUCCCAUGUGUUUGGCAAUCUGAUUCAUGGAUGGAUGUGGCCCCCAUAAACUGGAUGGAUGUGGCCCCCAUAAACUGGAUGAAUGUGGCCCCCACACAUACUAUACCCAUAGCGUCUUGUGCCAAAACCGGAGUUUACUUAUAAUAACUGCAAAGAGUUUUCAGUUGGGCAGGUGUAUGUCUGGCAGGUGUGCUGUCAUUAAAGCAUUCACAUUAGAUGUAAUGCGCUGAAACGUUAUCACCCCAUGCUGUUUUGUAUAUUUUUGCAAUUUAGUUAUUUAGGCUAGAAGUUGCUACAGGAUAUGUGAUUCUCCAUACCCUUUACAGGUUUGCUAAUGGAAAGCCUCGUACAAGGAAUUUUAACUAACCUGUUAUUGAUGAUAUUUUCUUAAUUCUCAAUUCUAUGGAGAAAAAAAUAUAUCUUAGAAAUGUUCAUGUCCAGUUGCAGGUGGUUCUACAAAAAAAACAGCAAAAACUCAAAGAUAUUAAAUCCACAUUUUGCACCUAGUGAGGAGUUCCCUUGUCAUUUUAAUUCCAGACAUCUUGCAUUUCCCAACAUCUUUACAGGAACUUGUUGUAUUUUUCAUUUUCAUUGUUGGACAUAAGACUAAAAAACAUCAAGUGAUUUUAAUUUUAAAAAUCUGUUCCCAAGUAUUCCCACGGAUGUAAGCAAGGUUUGAAAUGAUUAUGUUUUAGUCAAACUUUUUCUUUUUCUUUUUUUUAUCUGUUUGUGCUUCUUGCGGUCAAUUUGCUGUCUACAAAUGAUUUGUAAUUAUGUUCCGUCCCCCCAACCAUCCACUCAAGAAGAAAUCGUCCCACGACUGAAUCGAAUUGAUGAUCCCUGGCAUACAGCAUAUUAUGAUCAUGUAGGGACCAGUCAACCUGGCUGACAGAACAGAUGCUUAAUGUUAUACUGCUGCUCAAGCUGAUCCAUGAUAGAGUUUGAUGGCUUUGAGUGGAUAUUCUAUUCAGAAUCAUUAUCCUGUGGUGUCUCCCACAGCAACAAAGAAGAUGAUGAUAUAGGCCUAGUCUAGCAUCAUCCACCUUGUUUAUGAAAAUGGCAAUAAAGCUAAACUUCCUGCGGGUCAGCUAUGCAAAUGUUCAAUGAAAACAUUUGAUUGAAUUUCACAUUUGCUUAUUUCAAUUUGCAUUAUCCGGUAAUUGUUCCCCAGAGUGGUAAACUUAGCAUGCAAGUGAUUGAUUAACACAUAUUCACUUAUAAAGGAUAGCCUUACAGUAUGUAGGGCCCUAUAAUAUCCACGUUGCAGAGAAUGCGGACAGAAUCACGGAAUCCAGACAUUAAAAUGAAAUUCAACAAUAUUCAAAUAGGUUUUGAACUUUGUAGGAAAUCAACUAAAUGUAUUGAACUUAUUUGACAAUUCAUUAAUUUGCCCAAAUUAAUCAUGUCAUGAACAAAAUGCGUCAGUGAUUUUUAUUUUACUGCAACUUUCUGAAACGUGUGUGGGGGAGUGUGCAUGUCUACACUUUGUGUAACUUUUAGCAAUUAUGCUAAUGAUUACCUUCUGGUAAAGAUGGAAAAGCUUUCCCGAUAACCUUCUCAAUUAGCCUGUUAGAAUGAUACCAUGAUUUUAUGCAUCAAUCCACAGGCCAUUUGCUUAACAAACUCUGCAAUCACAUGAGCACUACAGAAACAUCACUAACCAAAGGUCUCUUGCUGGUGCACACUUGCAUUAAAGGUUAACUACACCCCAAAAUAAAAAUGUCUUCUAUUUUUCCCAGACUUCCAAAGUGGUCACCUGAUGUGGUUUAAACAUUGUUGUGGACUUAAAACAUCCAAUGUUGUUUUUCCCACGCCUAUGAUUUUAUAGUGCCCUACUAAUGCUUUGGUGCAGGCAUACAAUGCCUUUUGUUUGUGGCUCUGAAUUAUAGUUUUGACUAAAAAAGAGUGACAACUCCCAAUGGAAACACAGGGGAAAUGUUGAUCCCCAAAAAGUAGCAAGGAGCUGAACAUUAGACAAUGCAAUGUGCUUUCAAUAAAAUGAACAGAAUGUAGGUAUUCAUUGUGUAUGCCUGGACAGACAGGAAUUGCAGUGGGCAUAUGGUUUGCCCUUGUUCUAUUUGCAGAGUGUUCGUGUUUAUGCAAACAGGCGUACUCCUGCAUUUUAAACCACAGCACCUGUUCGUGUGUUCACAGUCCACAUAGGCUACACACUUCUUACGCUACUGCUUUGAACUCAGUUGAACACCUACAGUGCUGUGCCUUUUCUGCCAAGGUCAGUGAGUCCAGAUGCAUGAGUCUGGGUCAGAACAGACAGCCUGCACCAGUCCAGCCAAUCAGACGGAGAAUGGGGACAGUGUUGAGAAGGAUGAUUAUCUGAGUGCUAAGCCUCUAACUCCAGAGGGUUCUGGGGCUGACAGUCAGCAGCAAAACCAGGUUACAGUUUCAGUGUCUAUGAUGACCCCUCCGGUGGAGACUCCUCAGCAGACACAGCAGCAGGUCCUCAACCCACAGCAGAUCCAGGCCCUGCUCCAGCAGCAGAAAGCACUCAUGUUACACCAGCAACACAUACAGGAUCUCUGCCAGAAACAGCAGGACCAGUUCAACGCCCAGCUCCUACAGCAGAAGCAUGCUGGGAAGUCAGACCAAGAGCAGCUAGCUGCUCAGCACUUGGCCAUCCAGCAGCAGCUCCUGCAGGUACAACAGCAGCACCUCCUUAGCCUCCAGAGACAGGGUCUCCUGUCUGUCCUGCCCUCCAUGAGCCCCUCUGCAGCUCAGGGUUUAAUGAAAGGGUGUGAGAAUGGCACCAGCCAGCUCUCUGGUGGUGAGAAUCCAGCUACUCUUCAGAAGAACCUGCUCCACAGUCAGCAUUCCACCACCAAUGGGAAUCAUCCAUCACAAAUCCUAAAGAAGAAAGACAGUGGGCCUGUGGAUAAUCACACACAAAACACUCACCCUCUCUAUGGACACGGCAUGUGCAAAUGGUCUGGCUGUGAGGCUGUCUUUGGAGACUUUCAAGUUUUUCUCAAGCAUCUGAACAGUGAACAUACACUGGAUGACAAGAGUACAGCACAGUGUCGAGUGCAGAUGCAGGUUGUUCAGCAGCUAGAACUGCAGUUGAAAAAAGACAAAGAGCGUCUGCAAGCCAUGAUGUCUCACCUCAAAUCCUCUGAUCAAAAGUCCAAACCAGCAACCCCAACGGGGAAUCUUGUGCCCAAUGUCUCCUUCUCCCAGGUGACAUUUCCCAAGGUGCUUCCUUCCAUGAGCUUGUCUCAAAAUGCCACUGCUCCUUCUACACCCCUGACACCACCCCCAACCUCCUCCUCUAUCCUCCCUCCCCACACCCUGCUCACUGUGAGCCCUGGAAGGAGAUGGUACUCAGACAGCAAGACCAUGAAAUACAGCAAGACCAUGAAUCAAAAUAUUGUUCAGAAUAAAGAAGCUAGACCGCCAUUUACAUAUGCAGCCCUAAUAAGACAGGCAAUAUUUGAAUCCCCCUAUAAGCAGCUGACACUAAAUGAAAUCUACAAUUGGUUCACGCGAACAUUUGCCUAUUUUAGACGCAACGCCGCAACAUGGAAGAAUGCAGUGAGACACAACCUCAGCCUCCACAAGUGUUUUGUGCGAGUGGAGAAUGUAAAAGGAGCUGUGUGGACAGUUGAUGAGAUGGAGUUCCAGAGGAGAAGACCCCAGAAGCCUGCUGGUGAAGGGUCUCUCAAGAGGGAGAACACUGAACAUGGUCGCUGCUCAGCUUUCCUUACUCCUAAGCAGGAGGAGAUGAAUGCAGCUCUCUGGUAUGGGAAUGGAUCCUACAGUGACAGCAGUGAAGAGCAGUACCCAAUUCACCCUCUCGUGAAAGAAGAGCUAAUGGAUGAGGAGGCAUAUGAGAAUGUGCCCCAUGACUGUUCAGAGACUGAGAGCUCUGAUGAGCACAGCUCAGAUGUGGACCAAGACAGCGGUAGCCCAGAGAGACCCAACCUGCAGCUGGCCCAUGUGCCUUCACAGUGAAAGGAACUGUUUUCAAACCUGUCACUCUCUACUGCAAGACUCCCACAUUGGACAACUAUGAAAUAUACCAAAUUAAUAUAGAACUGCUUCAUAUCAAGUGGAAAAACACACUAUUUCUGUUGAGGAAAUAAAUUACUAUUUUAUUUAUUGAGGAUAUUUUGUCCUCGCUGUUGUAUUGGGUUUUAUCCACCUAGAGCUCACGUUGAAGACAAGAGCUGAUGGCGGAACCUUUAACACCCCUUGUCCUCAAAUAAUGCAUCCCUAUCGGCUUAUUGUGAGGCUGUACAACCAAUGACGAAGCCCUAUGGGGAGCUGGCUCAGUGAUGCAGACAUAUUUUUACAUUUUCUUUCAAGAAUGUGUAUAUCAAUAACCAGAGCAUUGGCAAUAUUUAUGGACAGCACUUCAUGAAGAUGAAUCUUUGUUUUCUCCCCCUAAUUAAUUUGUAUAUGAGAGUACCAGACAACCACCAGAUUGUAACAAGUUGUUUUGUUUGACAUGAUAUCCUUGAGAAUUGGUUACUUUUAAAAGGGAGCUGUACACUGCCAAAAAUAUGAUUUAUGUGUAACCGAUCUGUUGGGAUAUUAUUAUUUAUGUAGCCUAAUAAUCGUAUUUCCCCCCCCCACUAUCCCAAACAUGGGUUUUUGGACUUAUUUAGUGUUGUAUCAUACAUUGCCAUAGUUGUGCACUAAAUGCUGUCUCUAAUACAUUCCGUAUAAAAAGUGUGUGGCGAAUG